AUGCUGCUAACAGUCGUAGGUUUCAAACCUGCCAGGAUUACCCACUCAAGCGACCACUUCCAGAAGCUCUACGAGCACGCCGAAAAGCUUAUCCAGCUUGAAAAGGCCUACGUUUGCCACUGCAGCGACACAGACCUCAAGCUGCAACGCGGAGGAGAGAACCACGGGCCGAGAUACCGAUGCAAGGACGCGGAGCAGGAUGUUGAGACAAACUUGAAGAAGUUCCGGGAUAUGAAGGACGGGAAAUACGAACCGCAGACGGCGUUCCUGAGGAUGCGCCAGGACAUUGAGAACCCCAAUCCUCAGAUGACCUUGCGGCCUACCGCGUCUUGA